UUGCAGUUUGCUUACACAGCAAGCUGCUUACUCAACAGGGACAACAUCCAGGAUGUCAUGUGUUGUGCCGAAUUCCUGGGAAUGCACAACCUUGAAGACUCCUGCUUCCACUUCCUACAGGCCCAGAUGAAAAGUGAGGCUGAUGGCAUGCAGACCAGCCAGAAUCCACCAUCACCCAAGACUCUGGUUCAAAACCAUUAUGAUAAUGGAUUAGAGGAUGCAAAUGUGAAGCCAAGUGACUCCAAACCACCACUGCCUGGAUCAAGGCUGCACCCUGAAACUGAGAAAUUAAAAGUCACCAACAACCUGCACCAAUCAGACCAACCUCCAACUUUCGACAUCCCUCGUUAUCCCAAAUAUAGAAAGUACCAUCAGGUUCUUGUUGAGCACAACGCAACCACCUCCUCUCACAGCAGUACCUCAAGCUUACACGGCUCCCUGCAGGAUACCGUCACCAGCAGCGAUGCCCAGGGCCUUAAUCUUUCCAAGGUUAAAGCAGAACCAGCAAUUGGGGAAGACUGUGUGCCACUAGACUUGUCCGAGUUGGAGCAGGACGGUCUGGUUGGGGGUAAAGGGAGUGAGAUGGAAAUGGAGUUUGAAGGAAGACAACUUAGUUCAACGCCCAUCGAAUUGCCUGUGAGCAAGCGAUCACCAGUGUGCCUGCGCUCCCUUGUUAAAAAGGAAGUCACAUCUUCGGAUCAUUGUCUUACGGCUGAUCUGCAACUCACCAGCAGAACCUCUCCCCUUCGAGAACCACAAGUUGCUCCAAAUUACUUCCAAAAAGACUAUCAGGCCUUCGUUGGGGGACUUGGAGUGACAGCCUCAAAGAAAGCUGAGAAAUUAACAGAUGACUUGUCACUCAAGUCACUUUCCUUUGAAAGAAUCAAUUCCCAAGAAUCUGAACGUGAGAGUGACCGAAGAAGUGUCAUCUUCUCCUCUCAAGCCCCUUAUCAUCUGGCGGCACCCGCACACUCUUAUCCGGGUGAGAGCUGUUUGGGCCAGGAGACCUCGAAUGACUUAUGGGCAGGUUCCAGCCAGUCGUUCCCCUGCUCCCAAGCACUGUCCCCAACUUCUGUCUCUCAAGAGCCAGCAUUGGCCUACCGCCGCCGGCCAAAGAGCAGCUGUCCGGUGCCCAUUAAAAUGUGUCCGCGUUCGUCUCGUGCCGAGAGCCACAUCAGAACCUCCAGCUCUUGCUCUUCCUACUCCUACGCUGAGGAUGGCAGUGGAGGAUCUCCUUCCAGCCUGCCCCAGUUUGAGCUCUCUACCUCUCCUUGUUCCACCAUGGCACGAUGCCUGGCCCUUGAACACCAGGAGCAUAGCAUGUCAGGGCCACCAAAGAUCAAGUGCGAAAAGUCAUACGACACCAAUUCCAGUGACGAAUCUGGAUCUUUUUCAGAUGGAGAUAGCGAAUCAUUUCCCAUCAAAGAGCACACUCAAGAGGUGAAACUGCCUUUCUCAAUAGACCAGAUCACAGAGCUUCCACGCAAUGACUUUCAGCUGAUGAUAAAGAUGUAUACGCUGACCUCAGAUCAGCUAGAAUUCAUCCACAGCAUGAGACGCCGCAGUAAAAACCGCAUCGCAGCUCAGCGCUGCAGGAAAAGAAAGCUGGACUGCAUCCAGAACCUGGAGCAUGAGAUUCACAAACUGGUCUGUGAGAGACAGAAGCUCCUAACCGAACGCAGCCAGCUGAAGAUCUGCAUGGGGGAGCUGUGGGAAAACUUCUCCUUUUUGUCUCAGGAGGUUUGUAGGGAAGAACAGCGGAGUCCAGGACAGUCUCAAUCUCUGUAUAAUCUACACCCAGACCCAGUUUCACCCGGCCCAGAUCUUCAAAUCUCUCCCAAUCCCACCAGUAUAGAUGUCACUCUCACCUCACAUAACAGUGUGGUGUCGUCCACAGGCUCAAAUGACUGCCAGGCCAUAGUCGAAUCACCACACUCGCAUCUCAGAGUGGACAGAGAGGCUGUGCCACCCCAAGACACGGUCACCUCUGAGAGGUCAGAAGCUUCCCACGUGGGCAGCUCAAGUGUGACGACUGAUUUCUGCCUGGAAAUGACCGAGAAGUGCACGACAGAAGAGCUGCCUGAGAGAAACUGAGUCCGGUAAACUGCAUUCAUAUCUUUUAUCAUGACAAUUGGUCCUGUGUUACGUUUUUUUGCCAGUGUUAAGUUUUGUUUGUCACUGCUUUAGGGGACUGUUUUGUUGUUACGCCCAUGGCCCAUUUUGUUUGUGUGUGCAUAUGGAUUUGUUCUCAUACAUGCUGUAUAGGAUGCUAAAGUCAUUUCGUUUUGAACAUUACUUUUUCGUUUUUUCCAUAUUCAUCAUAUGGUAUCUGGUUCUCAGAUUUAUCUCAGGAAUUGCAUUUUUUAUUAAUUGUUUUUGGUAACAGUCAGCAUAUGCAAAUGUGAUAUUGAGUGGUGGAAGUGUUUUGUAUCUAUUGUGCAUUUAAGCAUUCCUUACAAAAUGUAAUACCGGAGAAACUAAACAGCUGCUCACCUGAAUUUGCAAGAAGCCAAGCAAUCUGGUUAUCAACAUGGAAAAAUCGACAUCUGAUCUCUUUCUGGAAUAGUACAAUGGAGAGCUCUUCUACAAAAUGGAUGAUGAAGCAAUGAUGAUGAGCUGCCUGAAUGGUCCCUCAAACAUUUUGUGAUGAAGCAUCAUUUGUUAUGGAAGCAAUUUCUUUUUUUUUUUUUCGAAGCUCGGUUUUUUUAGACUGUUAAAAUGAUUGAUCAGGGAUGUCUGUUGUAUAUAAAACUCUCCAAGCAAACUUUAGUAAAUUCAGUUAUUCUGACUUGGUUCAUUUUGGCAGCUCACACUUGGAUCUCUUAGAUCUGAUUUGAUUUCUUCAGGGCGUUACGCACAUAAGAGUUUAACUGGGGUCAGAAAUCAAAUCAAAUGUAAAAAAAAAUUUAGGGGGGGGGGG